CCCAUUGGUACAUUACACAGCGCGAGCUCAGACCGGCACAUAUUCAGCGUCAGACAGAUGUGUGGAGUGAGCUCGACAUCACAUGGAAAUCAAUUGAUUCACUUUACAGGAUAUACUUAUACUCGUGUUUGUGAGAGAAUCAUUGUUUUUUCGAUAUGAAAUAGUGGAGUGAGAGCAAACCAAGUCUUCUAAGACCACUUGAUCAGCUGAUAUGGAAGGGAAAGAGGAGAUCAGCGACACUGAUAGUGGGGUUAUUCUGCAUUCUGGUCCUGACAGCCCCACCACAGUGAUAAAGGAUGUGACCCAUCACACUCGGGUCAUGAAACUGAAGCAGCAGUCUCUGGAGGACAGACUGAAGUUGUGCCUCCUGGAGCUCAAGAAACUCUGUAUCAGAGAGGCUGAGAUCACAGGUCAUUUGUCCUCUGACUAUCCGCUAUUUCCUGGAGAAAAGCCACCUCAGAUUCGUCGGCGCAUCGGGGCUUCUUUCAAACUAGACGAGCCAAGCUUUUUACAGAGAGCUGAGGACUCUGAGCUGAGCUCUGUUGAGGCUGGUCUGGCUCUGCAGCAGCAGAUUUAUGUGGCAGCUCAGAAGCUGUGUCAGGAGGAACAUCGCAGCAAGGGGGUAAAGAGAAGCCGUCAGCAGCAGUACCAGCGCGAGGAAAAGAAACUCAAAGAUCUGCAGGAAGCCCUGUUCAGGUUGCAGCUGGAACGCAGCCGAUCUUCACCGCGCCCUGGCAUGAUUGCACAAAAAGGCACUUCAGAUGAUAGCUCAUUGUCAGACUCGGCUGUGCUCGAUGAGGAGGAGCUUGCGAGUCAGUGUUCCCAGCAUUCCUCCGAGCUUCCCGCUCCAGCAGUAGACCCUCACCCUCCACCCCUGAGCAGCUUUCAUUCCCCUCCUCAUAUACCUACAACUCCCUCUUACCGGCCCCCUGAGGUCAUAAUCCACCAGACCCCACCGCAGUCAUUGGAGAACCUGCACCUCUGCCAUAGUCCAACAGUAGAUUAUGACCCUGCCCCCAUUCAAAACUCUCCAUGGACGGAGUCGAGUCUGGACCGGCCCUAUCAGAAACAGAAAAGAUCUCACUCUAGCAGCACCAAAUCCAGUCCCGCUGUUACCCCCACAUUGCCUCCUUUGGAAGUUUGUCUUGUGGAUGCUGGGAUACCGUUACAAAUUCCGACCCACGCAGCCCUGAGGCAAACACAGUCCUGCAGCGCACCCUCCACUCCUGAGAUGCACCUGCGCCGGGGACAAUCGCUCAGAGUUCCUAACACUGAGCCCCCUUAUGAUCUGGACCGUGAGCACGGGCGCUCGAGAGGCCCAAGGAGACGGUUAACAGAGUUUGCCGUGACAUCACGAGAUUACUCCCCCAUGAGAUCAAACGUAGGCAACGCCAUGUACUGCUCCAGCUCUGAGGACAGCAAUUCUGAGUACUCUGUCCAAUCGUACGCCAGCUCGCCCUGCCAUGAGCACCCCUGCGAAUUGCCGUGGCCCUACCAGCCCCAGUACGCCUACCAAUACGGUAGCCUCACUGACAACCAUGUAUCGCAGAGAUAUUCCCCCACCAGCUUCAACAAGAUCUACCAGCAUCUGUCCUCUCCUAGUUUUCCCAGAGGGUACGUAGAGGACAGAUGGGGCCAUCCUUUAGAUAUGGACACCGGAAGGUCAUACAUGAGCCAUCAGGCUCCCUCCCCUGUUUAUUCCAAUGGCCCCUAUGAGUACUACUAUAAUGAGGCACCGCAGAGAAGUUGCAGGAUGUUGCCUGCCCAUAUGAGACUGUCGCGGGCCCCAUCGCUACGAGAGUGCCCUCACCACCCGACCAGAGGCCUGCCCAGGCAGGUGGUGUCAGAGGAACUGAAAUCAUGGCACCAGCGCAGCCAACGAUAUUCGCCUCGACCGUCCUCGCUGGACCGGAGCAGACAGGGUGCGCUACAUAUUCGAAACGCGCCAGGACAUGAGUCUCCGCUUACCCUUCCCCAGCACCGCAUGUUCCAGGAACAGCAGGUUUCCCAGAAGCAGGUCAUUGUGAUGAAUCAAGACAUGAUGUAUGAGGAUGACUCUGAGAUUGCCAGCCAGGUGUGAUGGCCUGACCACGGACAGAUUUCUUACAAGAGUUCUAUUUAUUCAAUCAUUUUUCAGCUGAUGGACUAAAAUGAAGACUUAAGAUGAGGGAGAUUCAAGUCUUUUGUCUCCUUUUUCUAUAAAAUGCCCUUGUCGCAACAUACAAUAGGGCAAAAAACUUUACUGUGAAAGACAAUGUUUUUUGUUUCGUUUUAUAGACUUUUAUAGAUGAUCUUGUGAAAAAAAAACUAUGAAAUAAAAUCUAAUUUGAUACUAA